UACUGACUGCCCUUGACUGUCUUGACCCAGCAACCGCCUUGAUUCUGGCCAUUCCUGGGGAGGCUUUCCUUUGUUGUGUGUGUAUAAGAGCGAGCUCACAGACCCUCCGCGCACAUCGAAUGGCGCUGUCCUCUCGUCCGUCGCAUUGAGGCGAUCGAGCUGAACUAUAUCCUUUCAAUCGCCAUCCCCAGAAUACCACCCCAGCCUUCGAUUUGUAUCAAGCCCAAUCAACAAAGAAUCAAGCCAAACAGACAUCAUGACAUCCUCGACCCUCGCACCCGGCCACACCCACCACUACCACCAUAACCACCACCUCACCUUCACGCUCGACCCAACAACAACAACAACAACAUGCCUCCUCCUCAUCCUCCUCCCAACCCUAUACCUCAUGCACACCAUCCGCAAAGAUUACCAAGCCUUCCUGGCCCUGGGACCAGGAGGCACCCCCUCAACACCAGCAGGCUACCUGCGUAUCUGCAUCCUGCGCCUCUUCAUCCUACGCAACCCAUUAGCAGCACCGACGAUCCCACCCUGCGUCCAACCACAACAAGGCCUCCUCACGCCCUCGCACCUACCACCUCGGCCGGGACCCCGGCCCACCGUCGCAGGGAUCGCGCCGCAGCGCCAAACGACCCAGAAGAGCGACGCAGAGAUGUACGAGACGCUCUCGACAGAGAUCCACCGGCUGGUGGCCCAGCACCCGGAUACGCUCUACACGGGCACCUCGUGUUUCGAGAAGUAUAGCACGGGGAUGUUCUGCGCAGGGAACGGGAGCGGGAACUCAGCGUGUGAUAACACAACUACCACCACCUCCUCUUCCUCCUCCACAACAACCACAAAUACAAUCACCAAUCCCCAAAAGCAACCCCCAGCAAAAGACAUCUCCCCCGCCCUCAAAUCAUCAUUACUACCAUCAUCAGGAUCCCCACAAACCCCACAAAACAGCCACAGCCACAGCCACCAAAACCACCAACGCCGCCACCGCCUCACCUGCAACGGCGAGGUAUGCCAUGCCCACCCCAGCGACGGCAGUUUGCACCUGACGCUGCACCCAGCAGACGUGAAGCUCGUGGUAGAGCGCGGCUGGGGUCAGCGCCACCCGCUGGCGCGCGACAGCUGGUGGUGGUGGCUGCGGAUCGUGCCGCCGGGGUUUGUCAUGGUGUAUGCGCCGCGCGAUGCCGAGGAGCUGGAGUGCGUGCUGGAGAUUAUUCGGGCGGCGGCUUGGUGGGUUAGUGGGACGGAGUUGCGGAGAUGAAUGUUCUCUCCCUGAGGAAGGGGGGGAAAUGGUGUGGUGUAGCGGUGGUGAGAAGCGGGGGUUGAAGUCAGUUUUAUGACCCUGGGUUUUUUAUACGGUUAUGAUUCCAUCUUCUGUGGGACGUUCGGUAUAUUCCAGCAGAGGAAUAAGAAAGGACGGCUCGAUAAGCCAAUGUACGGAGACAAGGAGGGAGAUUCACAGAUCAAGCCCACAAUGGCUAUCAUCACACCCGGAUAUGGCAGGGCUGGUGGUGGGCGGCCCGAAUAUCACGCUGCAUAAAUAAGACUAUAGAUAAGCAUGAAACGGGCGGGCAAGAGUUCAUUCUAUAUCUCCCUUGUGUUGUAACUCACAUGCCACGAUUCUACUGGUUGCGUUUUUACCUUCUCAC